AGUACCUUUAGAGGUCUGUGAAUACCCCCACAGCACACUAGCUCAAAGGCAAGAAGAGUGUAAAACUUUCCUCCCGAAGAGAAGGACUCCUUGGGCGGCAAAAUGUCAGACAGAAGCCCCUUUGAAACCGACAUGUUAACCCUUACCCGGUUUGUCAUGGAAAAGGGAAGGCAAGCGAAGGGUACUGGAGAACUAACCCAGCUCCUGAAUUCCAUUUUGACAGCUAUAAAAGCCAUCUCCUCUGCUGUCAGGAAAGCAGGCAUCGCUCAUAUGUAUGGUAUAUCAGGAAGUGUGAAUGUGACUGGAGAUGAGGUGAAGAAACUGGACGUAUUAUCCAAUGAUCUUGUCAUUAAUAUGCUAACAUCUUCUUAUGGAGCUUGUGCAAUGGUUUCCGAGGAGAAUAAAGAAGUUAUUAUUGUACCUAAAGAUAUGAGAGGUAAAUAUGUUGUCUGUUUUGAUCCACUUGAUGGUUCUUCCAACAUCGACUGCUUAGCAUCAAUUGGAACAAUAUUUGCUAUAUACAGGAAGACGACAGAUACAGAGCCCUGUGAACAAGAUGCAUUACAGCCAGGACACAACAUUGUAGCAGCAGGCUAUGCGCUUUAUGGAAGUGCAACACUUGUAGCGCUCUCUACUGGGCAAGGAGUGGAUUGCUUUAUGUUGGAUCCCGCUCUUGGAGAAUUCAUCUUGGUGGACAGAAAUGUGAAAAUCAAGAAGAAAGGGAAGAUUUACAGUCUUAAUGAGGGUUAUGCCAAGUACUUUGAUCCGGCUAUAACAGAAUACCUGAACAAUAAAAAGUUUCCUCCGGAUGGUAGUGCUCCAUACAGCUCAAGGUAUGUGGGCUCCAUGGUUGCUGAUGUUCAUCGAACGUUAAUCUAUGGUGGGAUUUUCAUGUAUCCAGCCAAUGAGAAGAGUCCUAAGGGAAAGCUCCGACUGCUGUAUGAAGGCAACCCCAUGGCUUUUAUUAUUGAGCAGGCUGGAGGAAUGGCAACAACUGGAACUCAGCGUGUGCUGGAUGUGCAGCCCGAAUCCAUCCAUCAAAGGAUACCACUGAUCCUUGGGUCCCCCGAUGAUGUAGAGGAAUAUUUGGCAUGUGUUAAGAAACAUCAGAAAAGCUAAUUCUACAUACAAUUUGUCUCUAUGUACGUAAUUUUACUUACUUUGUGCCAUUCUUUUACUCAUGGGAAUCUGUUGUAAACAUGUUCUAUUGUACCCCAAAAGCAAUUUGUGAACUUGUUACCAUUUAUAACAUUUAAUAACUCAAGCCCCAUCUUGACACCUUAGAUUUCAUCACUGAAGCUAUUGCCUAGAAGACAUCUGUUAUGGCCUUGCGAUGGGAGCUCAAACAGUUUGAACCACUACAUCAGCUGGAUUAGAUAGUUUUACCGCAGUGCUCCAGAACUUUCAAUGUAUGUGUAUUUAAAAAGGAGUGCAUUCUUUGUUAAAAUAUAACAUAUAAUGCAAUUUAAAAAUACAUAUUACAUAUAUUAGUUGGAUUUUGCUUUUACUGCUGCAUCCUCACAACAUGUGCAGCAAUACUACUGAAAGUUGCAACAUGGAGUCUGCUAAUAUACCAUGAAACAUCAUUCUGAUUUUGCUUAAAGUAGUUAAAGCUGUUAGUGUCCAAACCAGGUAGAAGGUAAAUUAUUUUCCACUUUUACUACAAGAGUAGUACACUGGUUCCUUUGGAACUGGCAAAAAUGGCAACCUCCUCUACCCAGAACUACUGGCUCUAUCUUACACUAUUAGUCAAUCGGAGCUCAACUAAAUAGAGUGCAGCACUGAAAUUUUCAUCUGGAGAAUGAAUCCAGAAGGGAUAUUGAGACUAUCCUUGUGACCAAGUUUGUCUAGAAAAUGGGACAGCUGUUUAUUAUUAAUAGAUGUUGCCUUACAGUAGUUUGUGAUGUUUACCUUCCAUAAUUCACUAUGGAACAAUAAAAAAAAAAAAAAAAGUCUGAUACAUGUUUGUUUUUCAUUUUACUAAUGGUAAAAAGCAUAUCCCUUUACACGAAGAACACUUCUCAACUGAACCCAUAAACCAUUGUAAACCAAUUUCCAAUAAUAAUUGGAAUAAUUAAUAUUUACUGUAUCAAAUCCUAAAUCUUCAUAGUACUUUCUCCAUGUAGCAUACAAUUGUUGUACCACCUGAAGAAAAAAAUCUGCGUAUACAUAAAUGAUGUUGUAGUACAAGCUUUACAGAUGCUAGAAUAGGGUCAAAGCUAUAUAGAGGUUGGGAGUAGAUUACCUGUAAAGGGGAUAGUCUUGGCCUUCAGGGCACAUGUGGACAUCAAAAUUUCCUUGGGGCCUGAGAAAUUAUGAUCCAGCAUUACCUGUGAUAUUUAAACUAUACAGGUGUGAUUUUACCCAGCUGAUGUGAAUGUCUGUUGGUUCAAACUAGAGCCAUUAAGCCAUUAAUUUAAAAGAAGGACGUCUGUUGUUUGCUUCAACAAGUUCCCCACAGACCGGACAAAGGUAUAUAUGCCGGGUGUAAUACCAUUAAAAUCCAAUAUAUAUGUGAAAAGAUUUUUGCUUACAAAUACCACUAAAUAACAAAAUGUGGUCACCUAACCCCCACCCCCAGUAAAACAAUCAAAAUUGGACAUUUGAAAGCUAUACUUCACAUUUUUCAAACAGGAAAACAAAAUAUAUCUGUUUUAAUGACUACUAGUCUCUAGUUUACAAUUUAUUCACCAAAAAAUGCUGAACUUCCGGCGUCUAGAUCCACUUUGUAUUAUAUGAAAAUACUGUGCUGGAGCAGUACCUGCUAAGAAGCUUCCAAACAUAUUUUUGUUCUGCAACAUUAAUAAUUAUCUAUAUUACAUUUCAACUGCUUGUCUAUUUGCCAAGUUCCUCUAGAGACAAAAAUCCCCUUGUUAUCGUUUUGUGACUUUACAUGUUCUAGAAUAGCUAUGAAAUAUAAACUGACUCAAUAAUACCUUUUAUUUAAAAUAGGACUCCGACAGAUUCCUUGCGUGUUGCGUCCUGUAAUUUUUAAUUGUUAUGAUUUGGGGAAAAAUCAAUUAACCCCAAUCCUUUAUGCUUUGUUUCUUAGUUUACGGCUUAAAAAAAAUCAGUCUGUUUGGAUACUGCUUUCUUACUAAUACUGUGUUAUGUACAAAAUAAAGUAUAUGAUGCUUUCCUGCCUACCCCAAUAAAUAUUUCUGUCAUCUGUUAA